GGGCCUCACAAACCCUAAUUGGAUCGGAUAACUGCCUGGUGUCCUCGUUUCCCCCUCCCUCGGUCUGCUGCUGCUGCGGCGUGGCGUGUUCAUGGCAACGGGAGCGGAUCGUAUCGCCUGCAUGCGGAUGGCAACGGAGGCGGAGCGCCUCGCCUCGAUCAAGGCCUAUAUCCAGCGCUGCCGCGAGGUGGAGCCUGAGGAUUUCUCAGGCAUGACCGAGGCUGAGCGAGCGGCGGAGGCGGAGAAGCGGAGGCACAAAGCGCUGGAGGAGGCGCGCCGUCUUCAGAUGGAGGGGCACCCCCGCGGUCGGGCGCUGGAAGCGCUGGCUCGCAUCCUCGACUUCGAUCCCAAGCAGGAGGAGGGCGUCUACUACAACCGAAUAUACUUCGUCGACCACGCAACAUUUGACCUCGACGAGGAGUCGCCUCUUGGUCCGAUGAGAUACACUGAUAGAGUUAGCAAACCGGGCGAAAAGCCGUACAGUCCAUGUGCGGCAGUGAACAUCUUCUCCGUGAAAAUAGGCUCCUCGGAUGUUGGCUUCCCAAUCCAUGUGUAUGGCACUGUCAUUGCUAGAGACAGCAUUGACCAGAAGUGUCUUUAUCUCUUCCGCCGCCAUAGAGACCAUUGCCAACUCAUCAACUCUAAGGAUGAAUCACUGAUCUUGACUGGCCCAAAACGAGGACUUGCGUUAAUAAGUGAUAAUUUUGUUGAGAUUGAUCUGAAGAUCAAGGAUCAUCGAGGGCAGGACAGAGAACUUAGUAAAGGAAUCUUAACGAUCAGAGGCAUAGCAGGGCGAUGGUUGGGGAAACGCGUGGUUGAAAGUGAAUCUCUUGCUACCAGACUCAGUACUGUGGAUGUGAUGUACGCAGUUGUGAAAUGUGCAAUGGAGGCUAAUAUUGUGAUUGAAGUUGUACGGGGAGAUUUUGAUGGAAAAAUAACUGCCCACACCACCAAUAUCCAGAACAGCCUUGUGCUUUAUGAUAGCGAAGUGGCUGGUGCUGUCACUAGCGAUGGUAACGGUGUUAUCCAACUUAUGCGACCCGUGGUAUCUGUCUAUGUGAAGGAUAUGCUGAAAAUUGUUGCCGAGACCGGUGAUGGCAAGUCAUGCACCAUUGAAUUUACUCCAAGGGUCAACUAUGGAGAGGAAGAUGUUAUUACUGUUGGUGUCACUAAGAUGCGUGUGAAGGUUACUUGGUCGAUAAUGGACUUUUGAGUGAGCUUUUGGAUUGGCUCGUUGUUAAGCUUUAAUGGCAGGACCUGUAUGCUUUGGUGUAACUAAUAUCAGAGUCAGUGAUGUUGCGGUUACCAUUAAGUUGUGCCGACUCUGUUAGGCCAUUAGAUAAGUAUUGGUGUGUGUAACUAGCUACUGUGUAUCGUGUUGGUCUUGCUAUGUUGAACUAACUAUUGUCUAACGUGUUGAUCUCGUUAUGUAGUAAUCAUGAACGCAUGCAAUACUGUGCGCGCGUUUGA